UCGACCCUUCCAACGCUUUCUCAUCGAAGAACUCAUUAAACUAUUUGGCCGUCGAUUUGCCAUCAAAUGUGCGGACUCUGUAUAACAAGUCUAAAGCCAGGGAUGUUAUUAAGCUACCGGUGCCCACACCCAAUGAAGCAGAAACUAGAGUAUCUUUAGAUCAAUGUAUGGCUCUCUUUACGGCGGCCGAGCAUUUGAGUGGUGAUAACCUGUGGUCUUGUCCCAAAUGCCGGUGCCAUCGGUCGGCCGUCAAAAAGUUCGACAUAUGGUCACUCCCGGAUGUACUCAUAAUACAGUUAAUGCGGUUCUCAUAUCGCGGUGGAUAUCGUGAAAAACUGGACGUUCCGAUCGACUACCCCAUCCGUUCCCUCGAUAUGAGUCAAUAUAUGACACAUAAUGACGGCUCAAACAUCUAUGACUUGAUCGCAGUGUCCGAUCAUUUCAGCGAACGACUUGAGACGGGCUGUUAUACAGCUUACGCACGAGACUAUCGCACAGGUAGUUGGCAUCACUAUAAAGACAGGGAAGUGAGUGAAGCCUCGGAGCAAGAUGUAGUGUCCGGCAGCGCGUAUGUUCUUUUUUAUAAGCGCCGGUAGUAUUUGUCUAUAUAUUUGUCGAUUUUAUUUACCAGUUAUUCUGUGACUUUGUUAUAACUAUUUUAU